CCUGUCCGCCUCUUUUCGUCCGUUGCACUUUCUGCCUCUCUUGAUUUCCAAACCCCGAACUCAAAAAUUUCGCGCGUUUGGCUCGCCGCCUAGGCCCUCAAACACGACUUCUUGAUCCCACAGCUUGUGCUAUCUUCUUCCACUUUUUCCAUAUCCGCCAGUUUUGUCACUCACCAAACCGCCCAUCAUCAUCCUACACUUUACCAAUACUCACCUUCACCCUUUGUCGUGCCCUCUCUAGAGCCGAACAGACUCUUUCUUGAUUCAAGAUGCCUCCAAACAUUUUCAGGUCGAGUCGAGACCGCUUCAGGUCGAGAUAGCCAGCCAUCCAAGCCAUCUCAUCGCUGGUCGACCAAAACUCUCAUCCUACUUUCGCGCUCCUCUCUAUACACUAUAGCGCUAAUUCCCGACAUUCAGGUUUGACCUCCGGUCCAACUUCUGGUUGUCCAAUAUCUGGUCUUCUUUUCCUCCGCUGAGUUCGGGUCUUACUUUGUGUUCACCCACAAGCUUCACGGAAACCCGCACGCCAUGUUGCUCUAGUCGCGUCGCGACUCCUCGGUGCGCUUCAACCACUCCUCUGGGUCAAGUUUAGCAGGCUGCUUGCUCUUAUUGAUCAUCACGCUGCUGCACUUUGACGAGGUCCUCAAAAAGCGCCCCCGGACAAGUCCCAAGACUCACCAGCCCGUCGUUGCAUUCUUAUAAAUAUCAUACGACCUGCUUCCAAAUCGUCACGACCCUUGCUCUCUUGAUAUAUCGACCACCCCCUUUUGGCAGCAUUCCAGUCAUCACUUUCUUCAGAUUCUGCACUCAACCUGCCCAUCAACAUGGACGAACAGUGUUCUGCCAAGAUGCCAGAUCAGUGGGUUGACACCGAUGGCCUUGAAGCAAAGUUCUCCCAACUCGAGACCAACUCCGACUCCAACUCCAACACCAUCCGUCUCGACAAAUCCCAACCUCCCACCCCUGAUGGCUCUGGCAGACCGGUCAACUUUGCCGUCAUUGCGCCAGGCCUGUAUCGUUCCAGCUACCCUCUCUAUGCUCAUUUCGAAAACUUGCAGGAUCUUGAACUGAAGACCAUUGUCACCCUGGUCCCCCAACCCCUGCCACUCGAGUAUUCGAACUUCAUUUCCUCCAACGGAAUUAUCCACCAUCAAAUCCCCAUCCUCGCCAACAAAGACCCCGACGUCUUUUCAUCCCAAGAAUCUGUGAUCCAAGUUCUGAAGCUCAUGUUGGACCCAUCCAACUAUCCCAUGUUGAUCCAUUGCAACAAAGGCAAACACCGCACUGGCUGCAUGACCGCCUGCUUUCGAAAGGUGACGGGAUGGACACAUGAAGCCUGUGUUGAGGAGUACGAGUAUUAUUCCAAGCCCAAGGACCGUCCAUUGGACAAAGUCUUUAUCCAAAACUUUGAUGCCUCUUCACUCAAAUCGCUGGCUUUUGAGCGAGGCUACGUAGGUGGCGUCUACCGACAACCUGUCAGCGCCUCCACCAAAUCCUCCAUCUACACCAGCAACACUCUCGAAACCACAAACACAAGCGAGUCAGAGUACUCGCUCAAUGACUACCAAGAACGCGUCAAACGCGAAAACGACGCUUUCCUGGAAUCCUCUCGCCUGUGGAACUACCGAUAGCUGUCACCUCGCCCGGUCAACUGGAAACUGGCCGCAUGUCCUUCCGCCUCCCCACAUCGGUGUCGCUCGGGCAUGUCUCCUACCUAGUGACAGGCAGUAUUAUUCACGAUAGAACGAAGCAAAUUGGCCAGCGCCAACCUGUACGACACACUGUAUGUUAAGAUUUCUCCUCUUUUGCCCUUUCAUCCGCACUCUCCGUCGACCACCUCCAAUGCGUGGCACAUCUCAUACCCACUCGAAGAACUCCAACCACACUCGCUGAGCAUCCUGUAUCAAACACUCGACAACCAGUCUACUCGAUUGGAGCAGCGAAUUCGCUCAGGACAUGCGACAAGGGAAUAUUUGAUGAGUGAGGCUUUCAUCCUCGAAUUCGAGUUUAUUUUGUUCAACAAUCUGUUAAUUUGCAUAGCAUGGAGAGUGGGCGCCAAAACAGAACCAUCCGGCUGGUAGACAGAUAAUUGGACCGGACUGUAUUUUUGGGUAGGCUCUUUGUCGAUGCCAGGAAUCGGCUCUCGCGAGCCUGGGGCUGUUUUGUCAGAAGACAUGGCCGCAAAGGUUGAUCUGGAAUUGGUCAUUUCACAGACACUAGAGCCUGAUUGGACUCUAGUUUGAAAUUAUUAUAGUAGUCUAUGUACCUUGAAUUUACCAACUAUCACUAA